GAGGAGGAGGAGGAGGAGGAAGGGUUCCUUUAAGGAGGAGGAACGACGACGCCUCUUUUUCCCUCUAUCUCCUCCCUUCACACUCAUUUCCCCUUCGCCGAGGAGAGAAGGGGGGGGAGGAGAGAGAAGAGGCCGAAGAAAGAAAAAAUUCCUCACAGAAAUCUCUUUCAGGGGGUGUGGGGGGAGGAAGAGGGAAAAAACGAGCCGGGCGCCCCCUGCUCCCUCCCUCCCUUCUCUCCCUCUCUUCUCCUCCUUCUCCCUUCCUCGCCCGCCCGCCCACUCCCCCCGCCGCCGGAGACGCCGCUCGGGAGUCGGCGGGACCGGAGUCUGUCUCCUCACCCGCCGACGCCGCGCUUCGCCUCGGGAUCCCCAGGCGGGCGGACGCCCUUUCUUUCUGUCUCCGUCCCUCGCGGCCGCCCCGCCCGGCGGCCUCGGCCUUCCCCGCGCGUCAGGCCCGCCCGCCCGGCCUCGCUCGGUCUCCGUCUCCGCGGGCCUUUCUCUCGGACUCGGGCUCUCGCUCGCCCCCUCCGCCCUUCCCAUCUCCCCUUCCCCUCGCCCCCUUUCCUUCCUCCCCCUCCCCACCCCCUUCUCCUGCCCCGGAGCUCGCAGUGCGUGUGCGUGUGUGUGUGUCCCUCCGCCAACGCCGCCACCUCAGCCCGGCAAAUGAACUCCGUCCGAGCCGCCAACCGGAGACCCAGGCGAGUGUCGCGGCCGCGCCCGGUGCAGCAACAGCAGCAGCAGCCCCCGCAGCAGCCGCCGCCGCAGCCGCCCCAGCAGCAGCCGCAGCAGCAGCCUCCGCCGCCGCCGCAGCAGCAGCAGCCUCCGCCGCCGCCACCGCCGCCUCCGCCGCUGCCCCAGGAGCGGAACAACGCCGGCGAGCGGGAUGAUGAUGUACCUGCAGAUAUGGUUGCUGAAGAAUCAGGUCCUGGUGCACAAAAUAGUCCGUACCAACUUCGUAGAAAAACUCUUUUGCCAAAAAGAACAGCGUGUCCUGCAAAGAGCAGUAUGGAGGGUGCCUCAACUUCAACUACAGAAAACUUUGGUCAUCGUGCAAAACGCGCAAGAGUAUCUGGAAAAUCACAAGAUCUGUCAGCAGCACCUGCUGAACAGUAUCUUCAGGAGAAACUACCAGAUGAAGUGGUUCUAAAAAUCUUCUCUUACUUGCUGGAACAGGAUCUUUGUAGAGCAGCUUGUGUGUGUAAACGCUUCAGUGAGCUCGCUAAUGAUCCAAUUUUAUGGAAACGAUUAUACAUGGAAGUUUUUGAAUAUACUCGCCCUAUGAUGCAUCCUGAACCUGGCAAAUUCUACCAGAUUAAUCCAGAAGAAUAUGAACACCCAAAUCCUUGGAAAGAGAGUUUCCAGCAGUUGUAUAAAGGUGCACAUGUAAAGCCAGGAUUUGCUGAACAUUUCUACAGUAAUCCUGCAAGAUAUAAAGGAAGAGAAAAUAUGUUGUAUUAUGAUACAAUUGAAGAUGCCCUUGGUGGGGUACAAGAAGCUCAUUUUGAUGGACUUAUUUUUGUUCAUUCUGGAAUAUACACUGAUGAGUGGAUAUAUAUUGAAUCUCCAAUCACCAUGAUUGGUGCAGCACCUGGAAAAGUAGCAGACAAAGUUAUAAUUGAAAACACUAGAGAUUCAACCUUCGUCUUUAUGGAAGGUUCUGAGGAUGCUUAUGUUGGAUAUAUGACAAUAAGGUUUAACCCUGAUGACAAAUCUGCUCAACACCAUAAUGCACACCACUGCUUAGAGAUUACGGUAAACUGUAGCCCUAUUAUUGAUCACUGUAUCAUCCGAAGUACAUGUACAGUUGGCUCUGCAGUAUGUGUUAGUGGUCAAGGAGCAUGUCCCACUAUCAAGCACUGUAACAUCAGUGACUGUGAAAAUGUUGGACUUUAUAUAACAGAUCAUGCACAGGGAAUAUAUGAGGAUAAUGAAAUUUCCAAUAAUGCUUUAGCUGGGAUUUGGGUUAAAAAUCAUGGAAACCCAAUUAUUAGACGGAAUCAUAUCCAUCAUGGACGUGAUGUUGGUGUGUUCACAUUUGAUCAUGGCAUGGGUUACUUUGAAAGUUGCAACAUACACAGAAACAGAAUAGCAGGCUUUGAAGUAAAAGCCUAUGCUAACCCCACAGUGGUUCGAUGUGAAAUUCAUCAUGGGCAGACUGGAGGAAUAUAUGUGCAUGAAAAAGGAAGAGGACAAUUCAUAGAGAAUAAAAUCUAUGCAAACAACUUUGCAGGUGUAUGGAUUACCUCAAAUAGUGACCCAACAAUAAGGGGGAAUUCUAUAUUUAAUGGAAAUCAAGGGGGAGUUUACAUCUUUGGUGAUGGACGAGGCCUUAUUGAAGGAAAUGACAUUUAUGGCAAUGCGUUAGCAGGAAUUCAGAUUAGGACAAACAGUUGUCCAAUUGUUCGACAUAACAAAAUUCAUGAUGGCCAGCAUGGUGGGAUUUAUGUGCAUGAGAAAGGACAAGGCGUAAUAGAAGAGAAUGAAGUUUAUAGUAAUACUCUGGCUGGGGUCUGGGUGACAACUGGCAGCACUCCAGUACUGAGAAGAAACAGGAUACAUAGUGGAAAGCAGGUUGGUGUUUAUUUUUAUGACAAUGGACAUGGAGUGCUAGAGGACAAUGAUAUCUAUAAUCAUAUGUAUUCAGGGGUUCAGAUAAGGACUGGAAGCAACCCCAAAAUCAGACGCAACAAAAUCUGGGGAGGACAAAAUGGUGGAAUUCUUGUUUAUAAUUCUGGUCUAGGCUGUAUAGAAGACAAUGAAAUAUUUGACAAUGCCAUGGCUGGAGUCUGGAUUAAGACAGAUAGUAAUCCUACACUAAGAAGAAAUAAAAUCCAUGAUGGAAGAGAUGGUGGCAUCUGUAUAUUUAAUGGGGGUCGAGGUCUCCUUGAAGAAAAUGAUAUUUUCAGGAAUGCUCAAGCAGGUGUUCUCAUCAGCACUAAUAGUCAUCCAGUCUUAAGGAAAAACAGGAUAUUUGAUGGAUUUGCUGCAGGUAUUGAAAUUACAAAUCAUGCAACUGCAACACUAGAAGGCAAUCAGAUUUUUAACAACCGGUUUGGAGGCUUAUUUUUAGCGUCUGGUGUUAAUGUGACAAUGAAAGAUAACAAAAUAAUGAACAAUCAAGAUGCCAUAGAAAAGGCUGUUAGUAGAGGCCAAUGUUUAUAUAAAAUAUCAAGUUACACCAGCUAUCCCAUGCAUGAUUUCUACAGAUGUCACACUUGUAACACCACAGAUCGAAAUGCCAUAUGUGUGAACUGCAUUAAGAAGUGCCAUCAGGGACAUGAUGUAGAAUUUAUUAGACAUGAUAGGUUUUUCUGUGACUGUGGUGCUGGAACACUGUCUAAUCCUUGUACAUUAGCUGGUGAGCCUACACACGAUACAGACACACUAUAUGACUCUGCUCCACCUAUAGAAUCUAAUACAUUGCAGCACAACUGAAUUCCUUCCCUAAAGAAAAAGUCCUGCCAUUCUAACAUCAUAACUUAAAACAUUUUUUUUGGAAGAAGACUUAAAAUAUUUGCCCAUGCUACAGGAAGAGACUGUAUUAAAAAUGGAUACACGAGGUCAGUUGACACUAUGAAGCUCAAGCUACCAAAAAGAAAGUGGCAAUAUAUUGACUCAGGAUCUCAAAGCUGGGUGUUUUAGCAUUACUGUGUAAAGACUUUCGAAGGGACAGAAGUGAAGAAAUAAGCUGCAAUUUUGUACAGAUACCAACUUCUGAAAAAAAGCUGGGGUUUUUACAGCUAGCAUUGAAUGCAGUCCAGUUUGCAGUAGUACUCUUCAACAGACAAGCAGCUUUGUUGCUGCCUUUAUGGACAUGGGUACCAAUUGCUUUUGUAAUAUGGUAAAAAUGUGAGCUAGCACUUCUGCGUUUCUUUUGAUUUUUUUUUAACAUGUAUUCAGAUUGAGAAAUAUGAUUUUAAUGCUUUAAUCUCAUGUAGUUUGUUUUUAAUUUCAAGCAAAUCUUCUUGUACUUGAAUGUGCCCUGUUUUGUUAGCACACCUAGACUUGCUGUAACUGUACUCAUGUCCCAGUAUGUACGUUCUUUCUAUGAAAGAGAAAACACUAAUCUUAAAUUAUAUCCAGCAAUGUUUCUGGUAUCCUUUAAGAAAAGUUAAGACUAUUAUUUCCUUCCCUUUCCUGUGCAGCAUUCAAAAUCACCCCUAGAAAAAGUGAGUGUUUUAAUGAGACUUCCUAGGAAGGGAUGCACUGUAAAACAAAAAGUAUUCUUGUAACUCAGUUUUGUGAAAGGUAAAAACUACUAUGUUUUAAAGUACACUUUAGAAAGUCUCUUCAAAACAGUCCUGUAUUUGAACUCUGUUCAUAGUUUUUUUUUGAACAGUUUAGACGAACUGCUGGAAAUUAAAAACAAUUUCCUGCAUUAAGCUGAGACAAGUAUAUAUACAGCCCUAUACAGUUUCAUAGCUCCCCCCCAUUUAUGUGUAUUGGUGACAGUGGGUAUAAACAGCCUGAAAGUGUAUGCAUGUACCAUAACAUCUAGACUUAAUAUAUUGUGGAGUAUUCAAUAACCAUUAUGUAGAAGGUAGAUAAGAAUUAAAAGGGUUUAAUUUCCUAGAAAGAAAAUGGAAAAAUGGUCAUUUUUAAAAAAUAAAGUUUAUUAGAUCAUAAUGUUGUCUGAAUUUACCACCUUUGUCAAAAGCCAACUCAAAGCUUCCAAUGCAGUCUAUAAUUCCUUAAUCAAAGUCAGCAAUUUAGGGACAGCUUCAGCAUCUAUAGUCGACCUUUCACUAGCCAGGCAAACUUCCCUUAAAAUUAAAAAAAAAAAAAUUCAGUUCAUGCUUUUCAUAGUGCAUCAACCAUCCCCCUUUACAGUUUUAGUAAGGUCAGCUGUAUGGCAAAAUUAUACCCAAGUAUAAUUACCGAAAUAAUCGCAGUGACUGAGUCAUCUUCUCAAAUUCUCUUGCUUUCCUAUGUCCCUUUUGAAUAACCUCCUCUGGAAUAUUAGCAAGCCUCGCUGCAUUAAAGCCAUAGCUUUUAGGACAAGCUCCCUUAAUGAAUUUAUAGAGGAAGGUAAUGGUCUCCUGGCUGGGAUCCUCACAUUCAUUUUCUACCAUGCAUGCCUAAAAAAAGGAAAAUAUGUUCUGUUCAUGUGCAAGCAAUGGAAGUACCUGCCUUGAUUCCCUCAAAAAUCUAAACUUCUGAAUAAGCAAUUUAUUAUACAUACCAUGUGGCCCAGGCGCACUGCAACAUUUUGAGAAUAAUCUUCUACUAAUGAAUGGUAGUGGGUAGAAAACAAUGUACGACACUUUAUGUUCUCAGCAAGUUCUUUAACAACCGCAUUUGCUAUUGCUGUUCCAUCAAAUGUUGCAGUACCUCUUCCUAUGAAAGUAAAAUAUAUGCAUAAAUUAUGUAUCUGCCUUAUACCAGAAGGAUAUACCUCACAACAGAAUGAAAAAAGGAUAAACGGUAACCUCAAUUAGUGCAUCCAAAUAAUAGGCCCUGUUUAGCUAAAUAGAUCUGCUUAUCAGCCGUGGAAGUAGGGUGCUGGUUUUAAAGAUUUUUAACUAAUCUCUACACCCAACAUAGGGCUCAAACUUAAAACCCUGAGAUCAAGAGGCCCACAUUCUACUGACUGAGCCAGCCAGACGCCCCUGCAUUUCUUUUUUUAAAGAGUACUCUGCAGGUACCAUUGAUGUUCAGAAACAUCCUAUUGUAACAACCAUAUUUUAAUAUGAUGAAAAAAAUUUAGCCUUGGUAAAUUAAAAGACCUUUUCACAUGAUCUCUCUUACCAUCUCCCACUAUGGUCUAUGGCACAAAGGUGAGCACGUUCAAACUUUUUUUAAAGAAAGGUCCGACCAUCGUCAAGAAGAAUGAAAGUUUUUAAAAUAGCCUUUAAAUGGAAAUUGUAAUGUCUUACCUAAUUCAUCCACAAGCACCAGAGAAUGUGCUGUGGCAUGCGUAAGUAUACUGGCAGUUUCACUCAAUUCAACAAAAAACGUACUUUCACCUAAAAAAAACACACAGAAGGAGAUCUUUUUAAAAAUCCUAAAAUAGUACGUUCAUCUUUUGGGUUCCUGUCAUGAGCUACCCAGUACCACAGGUUACAUCUCAUGAAGAGAUUAUGCAAUUCUUGAAGGAAGAACAUUUUCAAAUGCCUGAAAGCACUCCACUAACACCAGAAAAACCAAACAUCGAAUUUAAAUGGCUCACACAAAUUUCAAGGCAGAUGUAUUUAUCAUACAAAAUGUAGAAAUGAACUGUCCACUAAUAAAGCCUUAGGUGAAAAAGAAGACUCACCUGACAUUAUUCUGUCGGAGGCACCAAGUCUAGUAAAUACUCUAUCAAUUGGUGUGAGCCUACACACUUCAGCAGGUAUGUAACAACCCACUUGGGCCAUUACAGCUAAUAGGCCAGCCUGUGAAGGAAGGAGGAAAGGUCUUUAAUGUAUUAAAGAAAAACAGAUACAGAUAGAUAAGAACAAUUAUAUACGAGUCAGGCACUCUUAAAAAUUGUUCACAAUCCAAAGUAGGCAAAGUGAAGCCUAGAAAACCAAGAGGCUUAGGGCCUAACUGCCUUUAAAACCUCAGAGCCUGUGACCUUUUAACCCACUGCAUUAGUGAUUCUCAACCCUGGCUGACUACACGGUAGAAUCUUAAAAUCACUGAUGCUUAGAACCAAUUCUAGACCGAAUGCAUCUAUUUGGGACGAUGGAAGCCCCUCUGUACUUUUUUUGUCAAGCUCUCCCAAGUAAUAUUAAAAAACGAAAAUGGGAUUGAAAACCACAGACUAUACUGCCUCCUGCUAGUUAGCAAAUUUGGUGAACCUAAUCAUACAGGAGAGCAGGGGGGUCAGCAAAUAUUUUUAGUCAAGGGUCCAAUGUCUCUGUCACAUUUUUUUUCCUUUCUACAACCUUUUAAAAAAUGUAAGUAUGUUUAGCUCAGUGGCUGGCCAACCCCUGGUAUAAAGAGAAGACAAAAGCAGUUUCCAACAGUUAUUAGAGGUCCUGAAUUUCAACUGCUCUCCUACCUGAACAAGUCUGUCAUGGUUCUUUUAUAAGGAUUCCCACACAUGAGUCUGAGAAACAAACCUCCAGCAUUUUCAUUCAUUAUGAAUACAUCUACCUUCAGAGGAAAUGAAUCCAAUCAAGUCAAACAGUUUAUAAAGAAAUCAUGACCUGAAAUCUCGAAUUUUUAAUGUAUGCUCCCCAUAACAUGAGGCAGAUACCUGAUAAAGGUAAAUACAAUUACAAAGCAUUUUUCCUUUGCUUCCUAUUAUGCUGGUGACUGAAUUCUAUGUAAUUUAUGUGCUAUCUGGGAAAGGGUGGCCUAAAUAUGUAAUAUAUUCCGAAAGUAUACAAAUGACUUUGUAUAACACCACCUUAAUGUUCAGUUUACCUGUCUCAUGAGCGUAGACUUGCCCCCCAUGUUAGGUCCAGUCACAAGCACACAAUAAGCUUUGCCAUUUUCCUCCUCCUCCUCUUCCUCACAGCCUAUUAGAAUGUCAUUAGGUAUAAAGUCAUCUCCAAAAAAAGUCUUCGUAAUGCAGGGAUGACGUGAUCCUCUAAGGUCUAAGAAGGGAGGAGUGCCUUCUUCUGGCAACAGAACUACUGGACGACACAUAGGGCCAUCACCCCCUCGACUGUAGUUAGCCAGGCACAGUAAGACAUCUGUUAAAGAGAGGGUGAAAGUGAGGCUUCAUUUUUGAGGCUGCUUGAGAAGCACAAAAAAUCAACUAAUUAAGUCUUUCAAAAACACUUUUUCAGAGGAGGACAGUAUAUUCUAGUUGCUUUUUAUACAUGUUUUUUUCUAAGAGGCAAACUUACAUAAAAGAAUCUUAAAGUAAAUUCACCAAUUUUGAACACCUGUGCUGAGGGAAGAUUUAAAUUACCCACCAAACUGUUCAAAGUUGUAUUGGUUUAAGGAAUAAUUGUGCUAUUCAAUUCUGGACAGUUGUAUUCAGAUCAGAACAGUUCUAUUACAAAUUUGGGUAACCUAUGGUUACUAUAUUUUUACAACACAGGAAAAAAACCUAAACUGUAAAACAGCAAAGGCUCCAAAUAAGUUGGAAAUUUAAAGAAAAAGGAAACUAUUUAUGAAAUUGAAAAGGUUGCCAAAUUACAAAUAUAUAAAUCAGGGCUCUUAGAAAUCAACUAUAAGAAAAAAGUGUGAUAAUUUGGGCUAAGAUAAAAAGAUUAAGAUCUUAAAAUAUAUGCAUGUAAAGAGAUCAACUGAAAAAAGAAAAAAGUGAUGUGCCAAGACAUAGUUUUAAUUUAAUUUAGUCUAACAAAAAAGAGAAACUUAAACAUUAUCAAAAACAGUAUCAGAUACUAAAGGUACUAAAAAUCUGGGGUGCCUGGGUGGGUCAGUCAGUUGAGCAUCUGGAACGUAUGACUCUUGAUCUCAGCUCACGUCUUAAUCUCAGGGUUCAAGCCCCGAAUUUAAAAACAAAGCAAAAUAAAGCCCCUGCUUUAAAAAAAAUAAAUAAAUAAAGGUACUAAAAACCUUUCAGUCUUUCAUUCAAUUAUUCAAGACUGAGUAAGGGCAAAAGUGAACUUAAAUUGCUAUAGGCAAACGAGCCAUUUGUCAAGUGAGGAGGCAAGUAUAUACAUACACGUCAAGACAUACACCUUGUUUGCUGUGUUUAGAGAUCUACCUCAAUGGCAAAUGUCCAAUGGAUUUAAAUCUUAACACAUAACUGGGACACAAGGACUAACCAAAGUUUGUUCAAAGUCUUACCCAAUAUUGCGAUGCACUCAACAGCAGACUGCCAGUCCUUGUAAUUUUUAUCAAAGUUAAAGAACAGUCGCCGCAUGCAGUCCUUCAAUGAUACGUCUCUCCGUUCUUCAGCAUUUAUCAGAUUAGCCAACUUCUUCUCAAUAGUUUUGGUCCAGUAUCGCUUACACCCCUUCUUGGUAGAUUUUAGCUCAUAUUCUUCUGGCAAAUUACGAGUGAUGAAAUUCUCUGGAAUUUCCAACUGGUAACGGUUCCUACCGAUCCCCCAGUAGACAAUGGUCCUACAGCCAAUUCGACUGCGCUGUUUCUCCAAGUAUUCCAGGAGGCUCUGUUCAUUUUCUCUUAUGUCAGCAAGAGCUUGGUCAUAAUCAGAGUCAAAUCCCGCUUUGGGAGUAAUUAGUCCAGUCUUUCGAGCCUUCUCAUGGUCAAAGGCUGUAUCCCAUCGGUUCAGUUCUAUAGUCAAAUCUGGAAAACGACCCUCAGGAUUUUUUGUCUGUAGAGUAAUGACCUGCUUAAGGAUUUUAGACUUAAAGUCGUCAACGACUUCUUCCAUAAUCUCUAUAAUUUUACAUACUACUUUGAAUCCUUCUAGAGCAGAAAGAAAAUCAAUAAUCUUUUUUUUGCUGUAUGUAGUUUCUUCAUACAUGAUAGCCCUGCUAUCUGGGUGGUUCUGGCUCUUCAGGGGAGACCCAACAUUAUGAAUUUUACUCAGCAGCCUUUCAAGGUCUGGAAGCUUCUUCAGAAGGUCUACCACAUCAGAGAUUUUGUCAGGCACAACCAUGAGGUCUUCUAUAGCAUCUAGACGAUCGUUGAUAGCAUAAGGGCUACAGAGUGGGGCACAAAGCCACUGCUUUAGAAGCCGCUUACCAAAGGGCGUAUGGCAAGUAUCGAUCUUUUCUAGCAGGGUCCCUUCAGUAGAACCAUUUGUUCCAUUCGUGAAAAUCUCCAAGUUGCUUAAUGUCACAGCAUCUAGCACCAUUCGUUGAUUGGCUUUAGCAAACACAGCACCAGGUCUUGUAGCACUGACCAUGUCAGAAUCCAAGGGAAUGUAUUCUUCAAAAUUGGCCAUUGAUAAAAGCUCUUGAUCAAUAAGGCAUUUUUUGAGGUAGAAGACACAACCACCUAGAGCAGAGAGGGCCAAUUCACUCUUCUCUCCUGGUGUCAACCCAAGAGAAUCAGACUCUGAGGUCAUACCUUUAAGCACCUGGGGUAACAUCACCCCACUGUCCUCAUUUAACUUCUCCUUAAAAUAUCCUUCUUCAAGGAGAGUUCUCAAAGUUUUGGCUGCAUCCCAAAACUGGGAGCCUGGUAUCAGACCUUCCUGAAGAGAGGAGGAUAAUGAACCCUUCAGAAUCAUCUUCGUUUCUGUUGAGAGGUUUCCUUUCUCAAACAAGACUUGUACUGGAGGAUAGUGUGCCACUAGAGUCCUAAAUCUGGAACAAUGGCGAUCAUCUGAAAACUGACCUAUGAAAAACUUUCCCAGUGAGGUAUCAACAAAGCAUACUCCGUACACCCGAGUGUGGCCAGAAGAAUCUUCCUCUUUUUCUUUGAGGCUAAGAAGAUACUUACUAUAGUUCUCAGAGGGGUCACCUUCCAAUACACUGUAGGUCUGUGUACCCUUGGUAAUGACUCUACAGAUCUCCCUCCUCACCACUCUGUCAUACUUAGAUAUAUGUGCCAUCUUCCGGCAUCGUGCCUCCAUCAUUUCGGGGGUCUCAGUCUGUUCCACUCGUGCUACCUUAUAGCCCUUCUGAACCAGAGAAUCGGAGUAUCGGCCAAAUGCUAUUUCAGGGAAACCAGAAUGAGCCCAGUUGCCUUUCAUGAACACCAGACCUAGUUCGUUGACGCCAGUAAGAGCAUCCAUGUGGUACAGCUCAUAAAACUUCCCCACCUUAUAAAAUAUAACCAGAUCAAAGUUCUGAGACUUAAUCUGCCACCACUUCCUCAUCCCAGGAGUACAGGAAUUAAGGAAAUCCUCAGGAACAAAGAGUGUGGAUGCAUCAAAAUCAGGGUGAUCGGGUCGCCGCCUGUGUAGAUCUCUUCUCUUUUCCUCCUUAAGCCACUCUAGAGUUUCAUGAUACCACAAAGUGGGGCGACUACUAUCAUCACAUCCUCCACCAACGUGGGCUUGAGAUUCAGAAUUUUGAGGGGCAGAGAAAGCAGUCAAAGCACUCUUGGUGUCUGAUGAAAUGCCAGGUGACCGUUUGGUAGCCAAGGGCAUUUCCUUCCUUGAACUUUUCCUUUUGAGAGAACCAUUUCCAGUCACCAUUUUCCUCCGCUUUGAAGCAACUUUGACAGGACUGUCCAGGCCCUCACUGUCACUAUCCCCCACUCCACUGCUUAUUUCAUCACUGCUCCCUUCCUCCUUAGCAUCCGGCUUGAAUUCCACAUCAGAGCCACCAACGUCACUCUCAGAGUCUGAUAUGACCCUUCGUUUUUUUAUUUGGCGGCUACUUCGCCUAGAUCCUUGGACCUUAGGCCGUACUUCCUCUUCACUUUCAAUUUCAUUUUCUUCUUCACUCUUACCUGAUGAGUAAGUUGCACCUACCUGGCAGGCAAAGAAAGAGUUACUUAAAUAUAAGACAAAAUCUGGAAAAUUAAAGUACUGCUGUGGAGUAUCUCUCAAUAUGCUGCAGUAUCCUGUAUCAGGAGGAGAACCCAGCUCCAGAAAUGAGAAACUAUGUUCUUUAAGGAAUUUCCAAAAAGGGCGCCUGGUUGGCUCAGUCGUUAAGUGUCUGCCUUCGGCUCAGGUCAUGAUCACAGGGUCCUGGGAUCGAGCCCCGCAUCGGGCUCCCUGCUCCGCGGGAAGCCUGCUUCUCCCUCUCCCGCUCCCCCUGCUUGUGUUCCCUCUCUCGCUGUGUCUCUCUGUCAGAUAAAUAAAAUCUUAAAAAAAAAAAAAAAAGGAAUUCCCAAAAAAUAAGUAUCAAUUUCAGUAGCAUCACACUAGAGAAUUAAGCAAUUCUCUCCUGACAGUUUUAUCCUGUACAAUAGUGUGGAAGCCAUUAGCAUGACCAUACAUCCCAAAUACCUACAGGUGAUACCCUCAUUAACAGUCAGCUGUGGAAGUAACUUUAAAUCUCCCUCUGUUAGCCUGGAUCUUUCUUCCAGGGUCAUCUCUCCUCUUCCAGAGGGACAUACGAAGUUUGCCAUUUUAAGCAGUGCAAUCUAUACAGGCUUUCUAGUCCUUGCUCUUCCACAAACCAGCUGUAGCUUCUUGGGCAAGGCCCAGUUCACUUAUCAUGGAUCUCCCACACAUGGAAAGUUGUAUGAGGCCAAAUGAUCUUUGUAUUACCAUCCAGUUCUAAACCUUUCACUGGUGUUAUGACCCCUGUCCUCAACCUCGAAAAUGAGAUUAAAAAUCUCUUUUCUUUCAUUUCUCUUAAAAUACUCAUUAGUUUAUUCCCUACCUAUAACAGAACAAAACAUAACAUCAGGCUUAGUCAUAAAUGAAUCUCUUAAGCACAUAGUUCAUUAAUUUGUUAAAGUAGAGAAGAAUGAUUUAAUCACUCAAAUAGUGACCAUUAAUACCAAAAAAAAAAAAAGUAUCGAGAACAUUAGGUAAUUAAUUUCCAGGGCUUGACCACACCCUCAUAGAGAGGCUUACUGCCAGACAUCAUAACCAAGUUUAUCAACAUGUCCUUACCGUCCUGUUGUUACCAAAAUGGUGUACUACCUCUUACGGCAUGUGUCUUCUAGCAGGCUUGAAGCUUGAGAACUUAAGCAAAAUGGCUGCUGAGAUUCUAACCUAACUUAACCUACAGUCCUACAGAAGUGUAGAAGUAUGUGUAUGAGUAUUUGGGGUACCUGGGUAGCUCAGUCUGUUAAGCAUUCAGACUCUUGAUUCUGGCUCAGGUGGUGAUCUCGGCUGUGAGAUCAAGGCCCCGAUCAGGCUCCACGCUGAGUGUGGAGCCUGCUUAAGAUUCUCUCCCCUUGGGCACCUGGGUGGCUCAGUUGGUUAAGCGACUGCCUUCGGCUCAGGUCAUGAUCCUGGAGUCCUGGGAUCGAGUCCCGCAUCGGGCUCCCUGCUCAGCAGGGAGUCUGCUUCCCCCUCUGACCCUCCUCCCUCUCAUGCUCUGUCUCGUUCUUUCUCUCUCAAAUACAUAAAUAAAAUCUUUAAAAAAAAGAUUCUCUCCCCUCUUCUCCCUCUCCCCCUCCUCAUGCUCACACUCUCUCACAAAUAAAAGAUAAAAGAAGAUGUGUAUGAGUAUUAAAGUGUAUGUGUGUGUAUACAUAUAAAUAAAACAAGAGAAUAUCACUUUAAUACCCCCCCUUUUCCAUCACUUUCCCAACAUAAUUAACAACAGACUGUUGAACAAUAUCCCACCUCCAUCUCUUCUUCCUCUGGUUCUGAGGGCUCAUCACACACUGCCAAUUCAAGCCUCUCAAUCUUGUCUUUACUCAAGGCUUCAUCUGCACGUUGCAUUGCUCUGAGUAUUUCAGGCUUUGAACUGUAAAAAUGACCUCCUUUUUGCACUUCCUUCGAUUUUGAACCUAAAAAAUUUAAUUUAUAUUUCUUAUUAAGCAAAUCUUACUCAUUUAUAAAUAAGAACUGUUAGCUAGGGAAUGGGCUCAAUGUCUAACACGUGCACUAAUGGACAAGCAUGAGAAGAAUCAAGUACAGUUUUUAACGUCCCAUUACGUUUGAUUGAUAAUAGAUCAGUAAAGCCUACAGUAACUUAAAUUACCUAUUUUACGUCCUUGAAGUUGCCUUAACUAUUGGGUCACCCAGAACUACUUCAUCUCUCUUCUAAUGACCUGGGACUGUGGCCCUAAAUAGAUAAAGGCACCCCUCUUCAGGUGAAGGAGAUGUAAAAGGGUUUUGAGACCCUUUGUACAAAAAAAUCACUUCAGGAAGGCAAAAACUACACUGUCAGUUAAAUGAAGCUAUGAUACUAAGUUUAUCCCCAAGGUAAUUAAAUAGGGUAUACUAAAAACAAAACCCUACUAGUAAGGAUACUAACAUUUUGGAAGGGUAACCCAGUUCAAACUUUGAAUGGUUUUGUUUUUGUUUUUUAGGUUGAAUCAAAUUGUUUUGUUUUCAGGUAAAACUCUUCCUUUAUUCCUUUCAGAUUAUUUUUUUUAAAAGAUUUUAUUUGAGAGAGAGCACGCCUGCAAGUGGGGGGAGGGGCAGAAGGUGAGGAGAAUCUCAAGCAGACUCACCACUGAGUGGGACGUGGGGCUCCAUCUCAGGACCCCAAGAUCAGGACCUGAGCCAAAACCAAGAGUCGGAUGCUCAACUGACUGAGCCACCCAGGUGCCCCAAGAGCUGUAAUUUUAAAUGACACUCCUAUCCUCUGAGCAAAAGAUUAUAUGCAGAUGAUCACAAGUUUAAUGGCAGAGGCCUAACUAGCAAUGUCUUUGUUUUCUUCUGACUGAAUAUAAUUAGAAAACAAACCUGAACUUGUCUAAAUUUAACAGAUCCAAACAUUACAUUAUUUCCUUCUUUCUACUGUAUACUAAAACUAAUGGGACAUCCUAAAGUGCCAUUACAUUAGCAACUUGAUGGGCUGCCUAAAAUAAAGGUGCAAUUGCCCACUUUUCUCAAGAGCUGCACCAACAGUACAAAUUGCAACAAUCAAAGUCCAUUGGAGGGUGGCUCCUAACUUCCUCAAGUGCCUGUUUGCAGCUGCAUGCACCCCCCACCUAUCUAAUGACCUCAUCAUUCCCCAGAAAAUCCCUGAUGCAAACUGCUUUCCAAUUUUAAGGACCUCCCCCCUCCAGAAAGAAUUAAAAACCUAGUUUAUCCUCAUCCAUGCUAUUGCAACAAUUUCGGAAUUUAAAGGGCAAAGGUGGUACACAACGGGUGCCUUUACAAAAUAAUGACAACAUAAAUGUAAACUUUUUUGGGUAUUUUUAAAUUAAAGUCAUGUUGCCAAAGCUUUGUUUAGAAUCUCAAAAGUUGGCGUGCCUGGGUGGCUCAAUGAGUUAAGCAUCCAACUCUUGAUUGUGGCUCAGGUCAAGAUCUCAGGGCCUGGAGAUGGAGCCCUGAGCUAAAGAUUCUUCCCACCCCCGCCCCCACGCACUAGCGUGCUAGCUCUUAAAAAAAAAAAAAAAAAAGGAAUCUCAAAAUUAGUCCUAGAAAAAGACCUUUUGUUACCUGGUUCAACUCUCCUUUUACAUAUGAAUAAGCAGGAUCUGAGUUACUUUUUUGGCCAAGAUUAUACAGCAAAUUAGUGCAGAAGACAGAACCAAAUUUCCAGAUUCUUUCCAUCCUGCAGGUCAGAUUUGCAUGCAGACUGCACUUUCUUCAGUGUGCCCUCCUCGCCCUGCAGGAUGACGCUAUGACCAAAAGGCAGGAUUCCCAGAGAUUCCUGGGAAAUUGACCCUUAUUCUGAUUCCAAAACACUGAGUUCAACAGCACCCUAGCCUGGAGAAUCUGAGGGUAAUGGAUAAGGACUUACUCAUGCUCAAGCGUAUACGGGCAGUGAACCUGGCAAACAUAAUGAGCGUGUGCACUGGAGAAUUCAAGAAACUGAUAGGCCCAAGUGAAGCUACACAGGCAGGACUGCUGACGUCUAGGACAUAAAAAG